GCACCUGCGCAGUAGCGGAAGCUCCGGCUGUGCUCUUCCCGCCAAUUCUUGUGGGAGUCCCGCCGGGUUCGAGCUGCGCGCUCCAUGGAGGCGUUUGACCCUACCGAGCUGCCCGAGCUGCUGAAACUUUAUUACCGGAGGCUCUUUCCCUACGCUCAGUACUAUCGCUGGCUCAACUACGGCGGAGUGGUAAAGAAUUACUUUCAACACCGUGAAUUUUCAUUCACACUGAAAGAUGAUAUUUACAUUCGCUACCAGUCCUUCAACAACCAGAGUGAUCUGGAAAAGGAGGUGCAGAAAAUGAAUCCGUACAAGAUUGAUAUAGGCGCAGUAUAUUCCCACAGACCCAAUCAACACAAUGCAGUGAAGCUAGGAGCUUUCCAGGCUCAGGAAAAAGAAAUGGUGUUUGACAUUGACAUGACAGACUAUGACGAUGUGAGGAGAUGUUGUAGUUCUGCAGACAUAUGUUCUAAGUGCUGGACCCUCAUGACAAUGGCCAUACACAUCAUCGACAGAGCAUUGAAGGAGGACUUUGGAUUUAAGCAUCGUCUCUGGGUGUAUUCUGGAAGGAGAGGCGUUCAUUGUUGGGUCUGUGAUGAAUCAGUUAGAAAAUUGUCCUCUGCAGUACGUUCUGGAAUAGUUGAGUAUUUGAGUCUUGUAAAGGGUGGUCAGGACGUUAAAAAGAAAGUUCACCUAAAUGAAAAAAUUCACCCUUUUGUCAGAAAAUCUAUAAACAUAAUAAAAAAAUACUUUGAAGAAUAUGCCUUGGUUAAUCAAGAUAUUCUUGAAAAUAAAGAAAGCUGGGAUAAGAUUUUAGCCCUUGUUCCUGAAACAAUUCAUGAUGAACUUCAACAAAGCUUCCAAAAGUCUCACAGUUCACUUCAGCGCUGGGAGCAUUUGAAGAAAACAAUCAGCAAACACCAGAAUAACACCAAAAAUGACAAAUAUGGACCUUGGCUGGAGUGGGAGAUUAUGCUCCAGUACUGCUUUCCACGGCUGGAUGUGAAUGUCAGCAAAGGCAUCAAUCAUUUACUGAAGAGCCCUUUUAGUGUUCAUCCUAAAACAGGUCGCAUUUGUGUGCCUAUUGAUUUGCAGAAAAUAGAUCAGUUUGAUCCGAUUACUGUUCCAACCAUAAGCUUCAUCUGCCAUGAAUUGGAUGCCUUUUCCACUAAAGAAGAGGAAAAAGAGGAGAAUGAAGCUGAAUCUGAUAUCAAACAUAGAACCAGAGAUUAUAAGAAGACCAGUCUAGCACCUUAUGUGAAAGUUUUUGAACAGUUUCUUGAAAACCUGGAUAAAUCUCGAAAAGGAGAACUUCUCAAGAAGAGUGAUUUACAGAAAGAUUUCUGAAAAUAGCUCCCUUCAAGCCAACAUGGAUAUCUUCUACCUUCAAUCAAGGAUAACAUACCUCAAGAGCCAUUAAUAAAUGUGACAGA